CUCGUCGACGAAAUCACCUUCAAACUGGCUGAAGAGGCCGAAGACGCUCCCACCGCAACUGCCAUCCUGGGCCCAUUCUUCCGCGCCGACACCCCCUACCGCAAGAACGGCGAUAACAUCGUCAAGGGGGUCCCGGAUGGCGAGAUGGCUUUCAUGCAUGGCCGUGUUAUCGAUUUCACCACCAAGAAGCCACUGGUGGGAGCUACCGUGGAGGUGUGGCAGGCGGCGACGAAUGGGUUGUACGAGCAGCAGGACCCGAACCAGGAGGAAUUCAACCUCCGCGGAAAGUUCAAGACGGACGAGGAGGGCCGGUAUUACUUCUACUGCUUGAGACCCACGCCAUACCCUGUUCCUGAUGACGGACCGGCCGGGAAGCUGCUCAAGCUGAUGGACAGACAUCCAUUCCGACCUGCUCAUAUUCACAUCAUUGCUACUCAUGACGGCUACAAGCCCCUCACCACGCAGAUCUUCGACCGCAAAGACCAAUACCUAACCAAUGACUCUGUCUUCGCCGUCAAGGACUCGCUGAUCGUGGACUUUAUUCCCCGCGAGGGUGACUCUCAAGCCGGUCUUGAGCUGAACUAUGAUGUGAAAUUGGUGCCGGCCCAGUCGAGCAGCACCAAUGGUGUAUAA